AUGGCAAGCGCCCUCCCACCGAAGUGGACCCGCCUGCCGAUCCGCACUCGUCCCCAUCGGAACCCGCUGGCAGAAAACAGUGAUGUCCAUCCCGAUAGUCCGUUAGAGUUGGAGCGCCGGUGCGUCGACUUGUUUCCCGCGAUGCCCAAGCCGGUAGUUGAGAUUGUCGAUGUGGGGUGUGCGUUCGGCGGCAUGCUCUUCGUACUUGCGCAGGAGUUUCCCGAUGCGUGCAUGCUCGGUCUUGAGAUACGCCCGAAGGUGGUCAAGUUUGCCCAAGAAAAAACGCUGGGUCUUCGAGAGGCCGCUGCCGGCUCUUCCCACCACUUCCGCAAUCUCUGGUUUGAGCAGAUGAAUGUGAUGAAAUUUGGGUCGAACUGCUUCCGUAAGGGGCAGCUGCGGGCCCUCUUCUUCUGCUACCCGGACCCUCACUGGAAGAAGAAGAAUGUUCGUCGGCGCAUUAUCUCACCCGGGCUCGUUCACGAGUACGCCUACUGGUUGAAGCUGGGAGGGCUGCUCUUCACCGUGUCAGAUGUCGAGGAGCUGGAGCAAUGGAUGGUGUCGUGCCUCGACGGAUGCCCACUCUUCCGGCGGCUGAGCGAGGAGGAGCUGCAAAGCGACGCCAUGACGCGGAAGGUGCUGAACCACGCCACGGACGCUAGUGAGGACGCGCAACGCACGGCGCGAAAGGGGCUGCAAAAGCACUACGCGGUAUAUGUCCGUGUAUAA